GUGGUGCGCAGCUGUCCCGAGGUCUGUCGCUUCUGCCUCGCCAGCUACUCUUCUCUGCCCUUCCGCCCUGCCGCUCUUGAAGACCACCUCAUCCCCGCUAUAGAGAGAGGCCUGCAGGUGACCAACCGCAUCGGCCUGCUGGGAGCGUCAGUCACGCAGCACCCACAGUUUGACAGUCUUCUCUCGUACCUGCUGCAGCCGCACAUGAAGGACAUUCGCCUCAGCAUAGCAUCAGUGCGCACCAACACUGUCACCCCCAAGCUCGCAGCGGCCUUGGCACAGUCAGGGACUCGGUCGCUCACCAUAGCGGUUGAGAGCGGUUCCGAGCGCAUGCGGCGCGUGGUGAACAAGAAGCUGGAUUCCGCAGACAUCGUAGCAGCAGCAGUCAACGCACAGGAGGGCGGACUGUCGGGGUUGAAGCUCUACGGCAUGGUUGGGCUCCCCAGUGAGACGGAUGCUGACGUGGCAGAGACGGUGGGCAUGAUGAGGGAAUUGAGGAAAGCUGCUCCCCGCCUCAAGCUCACCCUUGGAUGCUCCACCUUCGUUCCCAAGGCACACACGCCGUUCCAGUGGCAGCCGGUGCAGGCAGCAGCAGAGGGUCGGCUGAGGGUGCUGGAGAAGGAGAUGCGCAAGGAGGGUGUGGAGUUCCGCCCUGAGAGCUACAAGUGGAGCGUGUGGCAGGUGGGUGGUGGUAUGAAUGCGUGGGAGGUGGACUGCUUGCUUGUUCCUACCUUGCUUGCAACAGAGGCACGGCUGAGGAUCCACACUCUUGUGGAUAGUAUUGAGACGUCUUCAACUCAACUUCUAGCACAUGUGAACGUGGUGUUCCGCCUUGAGAGCUGCAAGUGGAGCGUGUGGCAGGCGGGCGGGGGAGAGGGGGAGUCAGAAGGGGAGCGUGAGGCAGAAGGAGAAUGGUUUGAGUGUACAGAUGGUGACGUGCUGUGCGAGAUUUAA